UUUUCAGAUUUUGUAAGCAGUGCAUGACGCUGAAGAAUGACGCAUAACUCGCUUGUAUGUUCAAGACUUCCAUGGAUAUUUUACUAAAAACUCAUGACAAAACUUCCCAAGAAACAUACUAGCAAUCUAAAAAUUGCUAUUUUUACCAAAAAAUUGUAGGCGCCGAUAAUUCAUCUGCAAAGAUAUGUAUUUUUACCUUAAUAUGGCAAUUUUAGAGGAAUUGGGCUUCGAAAAAAUAGACUUAGUAAUUACUACCUAGACCAACCUAGAUGGUGAACAUUUUUGAAAUUUCACAGUUUGGUGACUUUUUACAUAAACUUUCAUCUACUUGAAUGAAAAAGAAAUCCCUAGGGCAGAAAUACAAAAAAUAUGGAAAAGAUGUGAUAAUUUGGCGAUUUUCCAACAAAUUCCCAUAGGGUCCUAUAGUAAAAUUUGACAACUUUUGAGAUGGCCCCCUAAGAAAUCGGGGUGGUAAACAUUCGAUUUUUUAAUCUUAAAACAAUAAAUAUAACAGUAAAAAUUAAUUAUCAAAAAAUUAUCAAAAUCCCUAGGGCAGAAAUAAUUAGACUCGGCCUCGUUAAAAAAAUAUUUAUGUCAUGUACGUGUUUAAAAUCUAAAAAAAGAGAAGACAAUCACAGACGAUUGAAGAACAGAGUAAUGGUGUGUUCAUGUUCUUGAGUAAGCAUGAUGGCUGAGAAGAGAGAAAGUGAAGGAAGGACAGAUGACGAGGCAAACGACGUUAAAAGAAAACGAAUGAAGACGGACCCUUCUGGUGCUUAUAGCAGCAUUUCUGAUGACACAAGUACUCAGUCCGACAUAAGCGAGCAGCUCUCCGAACAAAAAUACCAACCUCAGACCUCUGAUCCGUUAUCAGAUUUAACAGACAAUCAGCGUGUCGUUCUCUUCACCCUGUUUCUGUUUGGAUAUGAACUGUAUCCGGGUGAUGAUGAGGACGUCUCUAUGGGAGACAUUGAUGUCUGGAAGACACUGGAAGAGCUGUACGACAGGGAACUGGUGGAAUGUGUCGGACAUACUAACAAUAGAUUCAAUCCUGUGUACAUGUACACAUGUGCCAAUCAUUACAAUCGAUUUAAGAUAAUGGAAUCUUACAGAGAGAACUGUUUGCUGAGUGACAUAGAUAAAGACUUCCUCGUAGAAGUGGCCUCAGAUAUCCCCUUAAAUUAUUUUGGAACAGAGUCUUAUAUCUUAAACUUAGAUGUUUCAAGUCCACAAGACAAGAGAUCUAUAACAAUAAUGAGAUUGAUGAUGGAUGGGAUGAUGAACAGAAUAAUAAACUUUUCUGACAGGAGUGACAGAAUUCCACUUCGAUUCUACCAUGACUCUGAAAAAUUUGUCCAAUUUUGUAAGAAUUACUGUACCCGGAGAAACAUACACCCUACAGAUUGGUCUAAUGGGGUCUGUGAUACAGAUGUCAAGAGAUAUUACUCAGUAUACACAAUACUCUUUGGAUACGAUGAAGAAUUCCUGUCAGAAUUCCUGAAAUUCGUUUUAAACAAGUCAAAAUGGAGCAUACUUGUACUUAUUUUGCUAUCAGAGAAUUACAGCAUUCUAUAUGAACAAAGAGUGUUGAAAGAGAAAGUCGAACGAACACAACAUACAUUUUUAGGACUAACUGAUUCUGAAUAUGGGAUGUCUGAUAUCACGUUACUUAUACAAGAAUUGAUUGACAAGGAUAAAAUACUAAAAAUGAAUAAAGAGAAGAAUUCACUAGAGUUUAUAUCAGAGGAUAUACGUCAUCUUGUAAUGGGAUUUUUUGUUCUGAACUGUUUAAAAUCUGAUGAGGACUACAAGAACUACAUCAAAUUGUCAUCAUUUGACUCGGUAUUUGACUAUGUCCGUACUUUAGACUAUGGACGUGAUAAAGUGGGAAUCGGAGAAAGAUGUGUCUACUUACCAAUGACGUUGGAGGAGACCCUGGUAAGAGAGGUUGGAAUAGACAUCGUGCGACACGUCAUAGUGACGGUAGAAAGAACACACGAUAUGGUGUCCAAUAUUUUAAAUGUUCCAGUGGAAAUUCUUCACUGGGACUACGAAGCAAGAUGCAGGUACGUAGAUUGUGCAAAGAAAGGGACACAAACAAUUCACAGGGCUCGCGCUAUGAUCGUUGGCUGUGCUGGUGCUGGAAAAACAACUCUUCUGAAACGACUACAGAAGCGAUCACUCGAUGAAUUACAACAGGUUCAAAGUACUGUAGGCCUUCAAGUGCAUGAGGACAUCUUUGAAAUUUUGGAGGAAAGCGAGUUUUUAAAAGCUGUUACAGAAGAAACAGAUAAGGAAGGGAAGCAACUUUUGAGUGUCAUGGACUUUGGAGGACAGUGUGCAUAUUACGCCUGUCAUCAGGUGUAUCUCAGCAGAAGGGCUUUCUAUCUACUAGUGAUAGAUAUGUCUAAGUCGUUUGGAGAAAAAGUCGACCCAGCACUGUGUGAACAGGAAGGAACAAUGUUUGCUGACUGGACUUAUGGGGAAUACCUCCUGUUUUGGCUGAAGUCGGUUCACACCUAUUGUGACAGUGAUGCCUCUGUUAUCGUCAUUGGAACUCAUCUUGACAAAGUUAAAGAGCAGAAUUCUGACACUUUCUACAACAGUAUACUUGACCACUUGAAGUUAAGCAAACAUUUGAGAACACACUUGGACAGGAAAAGAUGCUUUGUCCUUGGCUUUCAGAAAGAUGGUGCAUGUUGCAAGGAUUCAUUAAUAGAACUAGAGAAAUGUAUUGUAACAAUUGCUAAAGAAGAUAAAUGGAAGGAAACCAUUCCAACAGACUGGGCUCUUUGUGAGAUUGUGUUCAGAGAGAGCAGAAGACGAAAACUCAGAAUGACUUCCAUCAGAGAUUUAUCGUCUAAAUGUUUUGGUGGAAACAGAGAAAAAUAUACACAAAUAGGAGAUGUUCUAAAAUUUUACCAUGACAUAGGUGUCUUGCUGUACUUUAAUGACAACAAUAUGUCUGAAACUGUCAUUAUUGAUAUCCAGUGGUUUAUUGAUUCAUUUAAGAAUAUUAUUACCGAUCCAAACCACGUCAGGGAUAUUGCAGAAAAUUACACGGAUUGGUGGAAUUUUUAUGAAAGUGGACACAUCCUGGACAGACUUUUAACUGGUAUAUGGGACAACAGACAUUUCAAAGUAAGUUUUUGGGACAGAAAUCAACAGAAAACGAAUCUUCUCCAAUAUAUGCAGCGUCUUGGUCUAAUUGCUGUAGGUACCUAUGCACAUUACAUUCCCUGUAUGAACAAGCGAGCAUUUGGAAUCAAGGAAGAAAACUAUUUCCGAUCUCUUCAAAGUAAAACCUCCGUACUGGUCUUUAGAUUUCAGUUUCUGCCUUGUUUUUUCUACUACCGCCUUAUUGUUGCUUGUUUAACACGGACCAAUGGAGAAUGGAUGGUGUUAGAAGACAAUGGACUUUGUUUGUACAAAAAUGUUGCCUGCUUUGCUUAUAGGCAACAUGUAGUCGCUCUAGCAGUAAACAGUUCAUCGAUUCAGCUUCAGAUAUUUCAGCCCACCAAUGUUCUUGUAAUAAAAGAAGUAGCAUUGAAAGUACGCAAUACUGUUGAAAGCUUACUUAUGAACCUGCUUGGGAACUUCCACAAAAAAAUUGAUAUGUUUACAGUUGGAUACCAAUGUUGUAAACAGGAAGUGUUUCUGGAACACGAUGAUUGUUUUGUUGAAGAGAAAGACAUUUACAGAAAAGGGAAGGUAACAUGUCCAAGGCAUGGAAUGAUCAAUCACCACGUAUUAUAUGAAUCUUCCCUUCUAGUUUACUGGAAAGCGGAUGUUAUAGCGGAAAUUCCAGAUAUAGAUGACCUUAUGGAUCAGGAUGAAUGUACCCGUUUUUCUGAACCAGAAGUUAGGAAAAUGAAUUUCAAGACUUUUGAGAAACUCACAAAAAUAGGAAGAGACGCUUUGCAGCUCUAUUUUGACAGAAUAUUUCCACCUAUAGACCUAGUUACAACACUUACCACGAACAAGGAAAGUCUGCAACAUGGACAAUAUAAAAUGAAUCAAGAUCAGUGUAGUCUGCUUUUCCCAGCUGAUAAGUCGAUUCCCACUUCAUCCACAUUUGAUGUAACCAUAAUGUACAAAUUGUUGAGAAACUAUGGCCCAAACCUCCUUUCUCCAACCAACGGCUGGGGAAAGAAACCUGAGAUAGGACAAAAACUCAUCACUGAUGACGUAGAAAGAAUACGAAUAUACAGGAAUGAAGUGGAACACAAAACACAGACAACCAACGUGAUGGAGAAGGACGAUUUUGAUCUGAAAUGGAGAGACCUUUCUCAGGCAAUACUGAGACUCAGCAAUGGAUCAUUAAAAGAAGACAUCAUGUCCCUCAGACGACAGAGAUAAAUGUGUGACGUCCAUUGAGUAUAUUUAACAAUAUUUCCAUCGUCUCAAUGCCAGAUGAAGAGCAGAUCAAACUUUGAAAAUAACUCAUCAGCAUAGCAGAAAAUAACUCAUCAGCGUAACAAACUAUGAAAAUAAUUGUUUUUCAUCGUGAGAAAUGGACGUAGUACGAGGGUUGAUCCAAACGUAAUGUCACAACUUUGAUAAAAUUACUAUAAAUCGACGUAAAACAACAAAAUUAAACAUGAUGAAAGCUGCAUUUAUUUCAAAUCAAAUCUGAAAAAUUCAAAGCAAUAUGAUGUAAACUUUUUUAAAACAUCGGAUUUUAAACAAUGUGUUUUUAUGGUAGUCGCCGCACCUAAAUAAAUAACGUCAUAUGACGGAUACGCGCCGUCAUUCUUUUAAGUGUUUUCCCUUCGUUUCAUUAAAACUUAUUUGUGAUUCGCAAACACUUUCACCAAUUUCACUUUCUUUGAAAAUUCUUGGUACCAUUGUACACUCACUCUUUUCAUAAUUAAGCCCUCUCUCAUUUUUUUAACAGUAGCAUAAGGCAACCUUAAAAAUUCACCUGUCACUCUAUCCGUCUGUGUUUUUGGACAACGUCAGAAACCAUUGAACGUUUCCGUCCGAUCUCCUGUCUUUCGGUCUUUUUGUCCUCUGCUGAUCAUUCAAUGACCCAUCAUUCGCCCGAAAUUGCUGAAACCAUCUAUAAAGAAGUCUCUUAUUUUCAUUUUUUAUUCUGUUAGUCUAAUUAAUUAACGAAACUGUCGCUGGUGAUGAUUCCCAGAUUUUGAAGCAAAAAUGCAUUUACAACUCGUCGUUUUUCCCCCAUUUGGACAAUCCCUUUGUUCAAUUCAGAGAGUAAAACAACAGUUUUUAUGGUUAUAAAUACCAAUGCCGUCAUUUAAUUUUCAAUUAAAGACUAGAAAAUGGCUUGAAUUGUGUCUUUUAAAAAAAAAGAGAUAUUUGGUGCUUUUUUAGAAUCGUUUAAAUGUGUUCGUAUUUUUUUUAUUCUAAGGAAAAAAUACACUUUAAAAUGUGACGUUCAGUAGUGACGCGGCGACACCCCCUAUGAUAUAUGUUUUAAACAUUUAUGAAAUAAAUUUAAAUAAACAUUAUUGAAUGAAAAUUCCAAUGUUUAUUAUAUUUGUAUUGGUGCAUCUUUUGGUAUAUUGUAUUUGAUAAUAUGACACCAAAUGUGAAAUAUAGACAUUACUUUUGGAUCAACCCUCGUAUUAACGAUAAAAAUGAGAGAAAAGAUUAUAAACACAAAUGAUAAAACGGUGGCCAUAUUUCAUUUCACUGAAGUCAUUGUUGGCGGACAAUCAACGUUCACUGCUUCAUGAGGAUGCAAUGUCGCAUAUUUAGGGUGGCCCACGUGGUUCAAAUCACUGGUUCCCCACAAAAGUGAUAAUUGCACAGUACUGUUUAAAUAUAUCUGCAGGUGUACACGCCUAUAGUAUUAAAGACACCUAUAAUAUGGCCCUAACAAAUAAAGUCAACAAGACUAAAAAAACAUUUCUUGGUGUUCCACAGUCAAGGAAAACUGACCAAAAUAGUAUUAAAAGGGGUUCCGGACACCAUCCUCAGUAUAAUCUCUUCUAGAGCAACGCUAGACUUUCAGGACGUUUUAAAGUUUUCCCACUGGAAGAUAUUUCGGAAAUUAUACACCCAAAGUUCGGUGGAAUCUUCAAUUUGAAACCUGAAUCACAUAUAACUUUUCGAAAAUUAAGUAUCACCAUCUCGUAUAUAUCACUCACGAAUAUAUAGUUGCACAGUACUCUUCUUCACUAAUGGUAAUAUUGUAAAAUGUAAUAAAUCUUUAUUGUAAAUUAAUUAAUGGAUAUAUUUUUAACACUGA